AUGACAAUGGCAAAUUCCACGGUCCCAAAGGAGCCGCUCAUUGUGAUAUUGGGGUCGACAGGAACGGGAAAAUCCGAGUUGGCAGUAGAAAUCGCAACUCGAUUUCGUGGAGAAGUCAUCAAUGCAGAUGCAAUGCAGCUCUACCGUGGCCUGCCCAUCAUUACCAAUAAAAUCACAGCUGCAGAGCAGCGCGGCAUUUCGCACCACCUGCUGGACCGCAUCCCUCUCAGUGACGUGCCCUGGGACGUUACAGAAUUCAAAAAGCACGCGCUGGAGACUAUUCGUGAGAUUCGCAGCAGAGGCAAUCUGCCCAUUCUUGUGGGCGGCACUCAUUACUACGUCGAGCCGCUGCUCUUCACAGACGCCAUUCUCGACGAUGUCCAGCAAGACGAGACCAAGUCGUUUCCCAUCCUCGAGGCCUCGACAGAGGACAUGCUCGCUGAGCUUCGUCGCGUCGACCCCGAAAUGGCGGAAAGAUGGCAUCCAAACGACCGUCGCAAAAUUCAGCGAUCUCUGGAAAUCUAUCUCCAUACAGGCAAAAGAGCGUCAGCCCUGUAUGCAGAGCAGGAGCAACGCAAAGCCACCGCCGCAGCUGCCGAAGCAGAGUCUUCGCCUUGGGAGAAUCUUCUGCUCUGGGUAUACUGCGAGCGCGAUGUUCUGUGCGAUCGCCUAGACAAGCGGGUAAACCAAAUGUUCACCCGGGGCUUGACAGAAGAAGUCCAACAAUUGCACCAGUUCAAAUCAGAAUGUGACAAAAACGGCACCGUGCUGGAUGCGACAAAGGGAAUCUGGCAGUCCAUCGGCUACAAGCAGCUCGAGCCCUACAUUGCCGCUACGUCCAACGGCGCGCCCGCCGAGCAGGUGGCCAAGCUGAGGGACGCGGGCUUGGAAGACAUGAAGACGGCCACCCGACGCUACGCCAACUACCAGACCAAAUGGAUCCGUAGCAAGCAGAUCCCGAGACUGACGCAGCGCGGGGCGUCCGCGCUUGACAGCCUCUAUGUGCUGGACAGCACCGACGCGACGCGGUACCAGGAGACGGUGGUCUCGCCCGCCGCGACGCUUGUCGACCAAUUUCUGCGCGGCGCACUCAGGCAAUCUCCGCACGCCCUGUCCGAUGUGGCGCGGCGCGUGCUCGAGACGGCGACGGAGCCCCGCGCGAAGCCGACGCCGCUGCAGCAGACGUGCGAGAUGUGCGGGACGACGCUGGUGACGAGGGAGGCAUGGGACAGGCACGUCAAGAGCUACAGUCAUCGACGGGUUGUGCAGAGGAGGAGAAAGCUGGCGCUUGUGCCGGUGAAAACGGCGGAGCAGGCUGAUGCGGAAAGCGAGGGGGAUUCAGAUACUGGGAUAUCGGCAUUGUUGGGCCCAUAA